AUGUCGGCUGCGCAAGUGGAACCGCAUGACAAGAUGAGAAGCAGAGAUGUGAAUAAGGUGGCUCGGGGAGAGCAGGCUCCUCGGCCUGCUCAUGAGUACGGCUCCAUCAAAUCAGCUCCUCCUAAACCGACACCGACUCCGCCGCCGCGGCCUUCUUCGCCACCACCGAGCUACAAGGAGGAGGUUGAAGACGAACAUAACCCAGUUGCGCGGCACUGCUAUGCUAGUUACUGGCAGUUCCACAAGUGUAUCAAGGACAAGGGCGAUGGCGCACCUCAAUGUGUGAGGUUUGAGAAAAAUUAUAAGAUUUUGUGCCCUCUUGAGUGGAUUGAGAGGUGGGAUGAAGAUCAAAAGCGUGGAGUGUUAGUGAUAGAGUAA